UACUCAUUAGUUCCUCAGUAACUACUCUAAUUUUGUGUAUUAUAUUAUAAUCCCUGACUCUUGACUUUUUUUUGCCAGAUUUUGUCAUGAACACAAUGUGUUCAAGGACUGUCAGAAAUUUGUAAAUCCAACAAUAACGGCAUGUUUUCCUUAAAAAUCGCCAGAAAAUGAACAAAGGAAAAAAACAAAUAAAUAAACUUAAAAGAAAUAAAAAUAAAAGUUACAAGCUCACUAGCUUAACCACUUCAGCACCAGGUGCACCAUGAUGUGCCAUGUGAUAACCACGAGCAAACGAGUUUCAUUUGAACACAGUAUUCAAUCAGCUCAUGUAGAAAACUCCAAACUGACUUUGAUUUCAGAUUAUUAAGUCUAAUUCCUGCCUGUAGUUUGGUUGGUGUUCAGGGAGACAGAGCUUGGACUGUCAGACUUAUUGUCUUCAUCUUAAAGGACAACAGACAGAGAGACAUCAACAUGAUGGACUACCAAUAUGACAAGGACCAGGACAACAGCGCCCUCUGGGUCAAAGACGUUCCUCCUGGCUCUCUCUCAGGUCUAUCCAGGUUCAAACGCUGGCUGUUUCCUGCCCUGACAGCUGUGGUCAUCCUGAUUCUGAUCAUAGCACUGGGAGCCAGCAACACAAAUACGUCAAAUCGUCUAAGGGCGAUGGAGAAGAGCGUUUCCAACCUGACCAGCGUCAUCCAAUCACUGAAUGCCUCACUGCAGCAUGCUCAAGAGACAGCUGAAGAAGCUCAGCGGCUGAAGUUUGCUGUGGAGAACAACAAAGACCAGCUGGCCUCAGUGUCAGAGGCCUUGAAGCAGCUGUCGGUCUUGGACUCUCUCAGCAAGAGCGUCUUGUCGCUCAAAUGUUCCCUCGAACGCAUCAUCAACAACAGCACAGCAGGCACAGCAAAGGACGGAUGUUGUCCUCUGGGCUGGGAUCAGUUUGACUUCAACUGUUAUUUCUUCAGCAGUUUGGCUCUGUCCUGGAACGAGUCCAGAGUCUGGUGUGAACAACAUCAAGCUCACCUGCUCAUACUCCACGAUGACAAGGCCUGGGAUUAUGUGACCGCACGUACAGUUCCUCUGUUUUACUGGGUUGGCCUGUCAGACUGGAGAACCGGGCGGUGGGAGUGGGUGAACUGGGUGCCAUACACCAUAGAGCGCAGGCGCUGGUUGCCCGGUCAGCCUGACAGCUGGGCAGAUCACGGUUUGGGCGAAGGGGACGAAGACUGCGCUCACCUGCACAACGAUGGACGCCUCAACGACCUGCACUGCUCCACCAAGAUGCGCUAUAUCUGCCAGACACACAGCAUGCGUGGCUAAACAGCUCCACCCAGCUCCACUCAUACGGGUGUAACCUAAACACCACUAAAUAAUCUGAACUGAUCAUCAGUUUUAAACUUGUGUGUGACAGGAAACGCAUCAUAGAUUGGGCUCAUCACUGAUGAGCUGCCACCGGAAGCUCAGAAGACAGUAAUAAUAAAAUACAACCUGACAUCAUUGUAAACUUUCUGAAAUAAGAAUAAAUGGUAUUGUUUUAUGUCUAAUGUGUAUAGAAAGAGUAUUAAUCUGAUGAAAGUCAUAGUAUUGUUUAAGGGCAAUAGAUUUUUGUAGUGCAUGAAAUGAAAUUGUGAGAUUUUAUUUAAAGAAAAAAACAUAUAAAUCUACUUUUUGCAUUUA